CCGUUCUUUGUGGGCCAUAACUAACAAGUUGACCGAUUCGGGUUACCGUCACUGUCACUAUGUUCGGCAGCACAUACAAGCUAUUGAAAGGCUUUAAUAUUGGCGUAAGCAUCAGAUACAUGGGUAGGUUUCGAAGGGAAAGAUUUAACCCAUGGACAAAUUUGAACAAAAUGUUGAACCAACAAAAGAAAAAAGCAAUACAGGAAGAUGUGCUAGGAUUAAAAAGUGAGCAUUUGGUAAACAUACCUAACCCUUACCAAAAGGAAAAACGCGUGUGCAUACUUUGCAAAAUGAAUAUUGUUCCCGACUACAAGAACACCAGGAUGUUAUCCCAAUUUAUAUCUCGUUUUACUGGUCGUAUUUACGGUCGACACAUUACAGGUCUUUGCCGGCAUAAACAAGAGCACGUUGAAAAGGAAAUUAAAAAAUCCAGGGAAGCAGGUUUGAUGCCGUUUUAUUUUAGAAAACCAGAAUUCAGCCAUGACCCUAAAUUAUUCGACCCAGAUAACCCUUUUAGACCUCAUAGCUAUUAGUUUAAAUACAUUUGAUUUAAAUAAAUUGUGUAUAUUAAUAAUAAAAUAUUCAGUUAAAUUGUAACAAAUUA